GUUUAAGACGUCACAACCUCAUCACCCUGGUCGGAAACAGCAACAAGGCUUUAGAAAUAAGUCGCAAAAACAACAUAGAAAAAAUAUUGCUAUUGCUACAUUUAAAUUGAAAUAUUUGACUUCAUACUUUAAAUAUACAUUUUAUAAAUAGAACGAAAAGAAACACAAGAAAAAAAUUUAAUAGGUAAGUAAUUUGCUAUUUUGAUUUUAACAUUUUACUAGAUAUAUUCCAUCCUCAUGUUGUGGUUAAAUCACGCUCUUGCUACCCUGGCUAUUUUGUCAACGGCCAGCCUCAUCACAUGGGCAUCUAUGUAAAUGAAUUUAUUAACACACGUUUCCGUGUUCAAAACUGCUGCAACCCACCGACCUUGUUCAUGGAGCAGCCGACUAGCAGGUGUUCCACUCUUUCGGUGGCCAGGUCAGAGAGUCGGCAGUUUAAGUCGUCCCUGCUCGAUUCAAAUCGCUUUAAGUAGCUUCAUGUCGGACAGUGUUCCGGCCUCAUGUACAUUACUAGGCCUGUACGUAAUGCUUAAGUUUUAACUUUCGUUCAGUGUCUUCUGCUGCCCAGACUCUUAGUCACCUUAGUCUCCUAGGCACCUCUCGCAGAAGUCGUCUUUAAGCCAAGGCUUUGACUCCCAGUUUAUUCAUGGGCCUGUCGUGUUGGAGCUGUUCUGCACAUUCACACACACAGGUUAUUUAACGCGUCGUUCUGCAUCAUCUCAAGGGGGCAAGGGAUCCACUGAAGGAAAUCAUUUUCACAUUGGUCGUGGACGCAAUCUUCUUUCUCAAAAAUUGGCGUUUGUGACUGGAGGCUCCAACGCUUCCAAGAACAAAGCGUGGGUCGGUGAAGACAACAAUGUCUGGUAAACUUGUUCAUUUCUCGAGGAGUUGUUGCACUUGUUUGAUGCCACCUCUGAUAUCUCCCCUGUCGGAGAUACCUCUCCAUGGUACUGGAUGAGUGCACCGUGUCCACCAUUCUAUUCAGUAGCAAAGCAUGAGCCAUCCUCGAAGACUUUAACCGUAUGGUUCGAGUAAGAAUUUACCGUCCUUAGAGGCUCCUCAUUUCAGUCUGCCAUUGUGUCCAUUAGUCAAAAUAAAAUUGACCGUCUUUUCUGUGCUUAUGACCUUUUUUAACAAGCUAUGUAGACUUCUACCCUGUUUAGGUCGUACUAAAUCCCGGUCUGCAGUUGUUUCGCGUCUUACAUCCGGGCCUACAGCUGUUUCGCGUCUUACAUCCGGGCCUACAGCUGUUUCGCGUCUUACAGCCGGGCCUACAGCUGUUUCGCGUCUUACAGCCGAGCCCACAGCUGUUUCGCGUCUUACAGCCGGAUCUACAGCUGUUUUGCGUCUUACAGCCGGGCCUACAGCUGUUUUGCGUCUUACAGCCGGGCCUACAGCUGUUUCGUGUCUUACAGCCGGGUCUACAGCUAUUUGGUGUCUUACAGCCGGGCCUACAGCUGUUUCGCGUCUUACAGCCGGGUCUGCAGCUAUUAAACGUUCUUGCCGCCCGAGCUCUAUAUUACUAAGUCAUCCAAUUUGCGUCUUACAGCCGGGCCUACAGCUGUUUCGUGUCUUACAGCCGGGUCUACAGCUAUUUGGUGUCUUACAGCCGGGCCUACAGCUGUUUCGCGUCUUACAGCCGGGUCUGCAGCUGUUAAACGUUCUUGCCGCCCGAGCUCUAUAUUACUAAGUCAUCCACGGACAUGGCGUUCAGAGUCUCCGACACUGCCUGUAGGUCAUGUACGUAGUCGAAGAAUAGUGUGCAGCUUCUGUCGGAUCGCUGCGGAAGUCCGUCUCCAAGUAGGUUUAGAUUUGAUAGCUUCUCGCCAUACCUAGUGACCAAAGUUGUUUUUUUUUAGGAUCUCCUUAAACCACAAAUAAAAUUUUGCAGAAAUUUUUAUAUACUGCUGCUUAUACUUAUGGCCCGUGCAUCACUUUACAUUACGCUUGUUGGAGAGCAAAGAACACCGCCAUGGUAAGAUUUCAUUGGUAGGCGAUUGGGCGAGACGUUUGACUUUCGGAAGACGCAUUUUGUCGGGGGGGGGGGGGUAAGCUCAUAUUUUUCUCUGGAGAACAGUGAAAUCAUGUUGGAGAGCAAAGAACACCGCCAUGGUAAGAUUUCAUUGGUAGGCGAUUGGGCGAGACGUUUGACUUUCGGAAGACGCAUUUUGUCGGGGGGGGGGGGUAAGCUCAUAUUUUUCUCUAGAGAACAGUAAAAUCGCACAUGCACUAUACGUUCAGCUAUUUUAGCUACACACGAUGUUUGGGAUAUCGGUCUGUAGUUGGACCUGAGAUGGUCUGGAUUCACAUCUUUGGGAAAUGAAAUAACUAUGACUUUUCCCCCUUAUAGCAUGUAGUCCAUGCCCUAUUCGUUUGGACCAUUAGAGCCUCAAUGCCCAGGUAUGUAGCCCCUCCUUGGGGACCUAUCUGGAUCUGGUGCUUUUGCUGUUUUGCAACUUCCGAGGACUUUCAGAAAUUAUAGCUCCGUGAAGGGAGCCGUGAACAUGUAUUGAUGAGGACCAACUCGUUGGACUCAAUCGCUCUUUUCCCUCUGGUAUUUGAUGUUCUGGCUUUCGUCAGACUCUCUGGUCUUUUUGGUCGCUGCCGUAAAGUGAUUGUUGAGCGUCUUUUUUACACAAAUGCCUACUCCAGUGGUCGGCAAAUUAGUUAGUAAAAGAGCCAAAUAUCAGCAGCAGGACGAUCAAAUUUUUUUUGAGAGCCACAUUUCUUUUCAAGAACCUGUCAAGAGCCAUGUUUAUCGGAGUCGAGUUAACCUAGCUGCUAAACGAUAAAUACAACCAUAUAUAAUAAGAUGAGAUAAGAUUCUUUUAUUGAUCAAAAUAAAUGAAAAUGUUUUUGAUUGCAUUAAACAUGUUCAGCACAUAAAUAAAACAAUUUGUAGACAAGAAAUUUAUGAUAAGUUAUCUCAAACAGCCAUUCAGUGAGCUCUCUUAGCCAAAUCGGGGACUUAUUAGUUCUCAUGAAGAUGUGUGACUAUAUCAUGAAGGUGAUCAUGAUCUUAAUUAGUAAAUUAAAUACAAAACACGCCUUAAACAUUAAUAUGAACCAGAUAUGAAAAUAAUCAUCAUAUUAAAUAAAACACGCAAUUAAUGUGAACUAUAACCUUGGAUCUCCUUUGAAAGUUCAGAUAAGUUUGGUUUGUAUGUCCUUGUUUUUAAUUUCAAGCAGAACCCCGAUUCUCAUCAGUAAGACGGUUUCUAAGUUUUCUCUUGAUGAGCUUCAUGCCUGAAAAGGAUGGUUUACAUGAAAUCCGUAGAUCUAAAGUGAAGCACCAGGUCGCUGAAGAGCCGCAAUUUGCCCACCACUGCCGUACACCAAAAUUUGGACAGCCUAAUCUGAUAGACCUGGAAAGCUACUAAUAUCAGUAGACUUAAACAGCUGCAUAACACAAAAGAAUUGAACAGCUGGUUACAAAAAUAUACUUGGACAACUGACUACACAAAUUUACUUGGACAACUGCCUAGACGAAUAGACUUGGACAAUUGCCUACAUAAAUAUAAUUUGACAGCUGCGUAAAGAAAUAGACUUGAACAGCUAUCUACACCAAUAGACAUUGACAACUGCCUACAGAGAUACACUUGUACAGCUGUGUAACACACAUAGACAUGUAAAGGAGGAUUACAAACGUAGACUAGAACAGAUAACUAAAUAAAUGGACUUGGACAGCUAUUUACACAACAAGACUUGUACACCUACCUACACAAAUAGACUAGACUGCUGACAACAUAACUAGACUUGGACAACUACCUACAAUGAUAUAACUUAACAAAUAGACUCCUACAGCUAUCUACACAAAAAGACUUGGACAGACAAAAAUACAAUUAGACUUGGUCAGUUGCCUAAAAAAUAGAAUUAGCUAUCUACAUAAAUAGACUUGGACAGCUAUCUAAUUAAAUAGACUUGGACAGCUAUCAACACAAAUAAACUUGGACAGCUAUCUACACAAUUAGACAAAGGGACUUGUGUCAAAAAUUUAACAUGUUAACACAUAUUUUGUUAUCAUUUUCAGGUUACCUUAUAAAGCAUUUAGGGAGAGAGAGCGCUGGAAAUGAGACCCUAUGGUUUACUGUGUCUAGUGAUUGCUUUAAUGUACAGCCCACGAGGUAGGUCAAUACAGGUAGCCAAUAUGUCGACAGACACGCAUAAUAUGCCCUCUGAAUAUUGACUUGUCUGUAAUCUCUUAUCUAUAUAACGCUUCUGGUGUGACUCGUGGACUACCUCCUAACACUGGCUGCUUCCUAAUUUACUGCUUCCUUAUCAGCGAAUUUGGUAUUGGGAGUAUAUUACAAAUAAUUCUAAAUGUUCGAAAGAAAGUAUGGUUCAAUAAUUAGCUCAAUAGCGCGUCAAAUGUAAUUCCCGAUAUCUACGUUAAAUGAUAUUUUUUUUUUUUAAAUAUAUAACGAAACUGCGAUGGGUGCGUAAUUUUUUUUUUUCUUUUAUGAUAAUGAAAUCUUUCUUAUCGCAAAAUAAAAAUAAAUAACUAUUGUAAUUUUUUGAAGGAAAAAAAAUAGUAUCCCAUUUAUAUUUAAAAAAAAUUAAAUUUUCAAGUGUGUUAAUUGAUUGGGUUUUGACAUUUAUGGGUAUACUUAUAUAAAUGAACCCACGUUUUGUUAACGCCAUUAAUUUUAUUAAUUAGUAAACAUAAUAUGUGUAUUUGUAGAAAGAGAAAAUAACAUCUUUUUUUUAUUUUAAAAAUGUCAUACCAUGGGAUUUAAUUGUAUUCCCAUCCACGUAAAAAAGGAACAUCCCAUGGUCUAUCCCACUUUGCAUGUAACUAAGAUGGCUAAUUAUUGAUCAAUUUCACUUCUUUUUUCUGGGACGUAUCUUGUGCUGCCUGGGGAAAAUGAAAGUAUCAACAAACUCCGCAACCACCCCCCCCCCCCAGAUUUUAAUCAAAUCUUCCAUCGGAUCGUAGCCCCAUCCAUACGCAAUCACACAGUAUUUGUACUUCAUUUGUUCUUAUUUGAAUACCUGGGGAAAAUGAAAGUAUCACCAAACCCCCCAACCCCCCCCCCCCCCCAGAUUUUAAUCAAAUCUUCCAUCGGAUCGUAGCCCCAUCCAUACGCAAUCACACAGUAUUUGUACUUCAUUUGUUCUUAUUUGAAUGAGUUAUUAAUUCAUUAAAAGUGCAAUUUGGCUAUGGAGUUUCCCUGCACCGAUUGCCAUAAACGGUAUUUUCUUAUUAAAACUAUAUUUAAAGGUUAAGUUCUUAUAACAUUAUAAAUUUAAAAAAACACAAUUUUUUGGAAUUAAAAAAAUAAUUUAUUAAAAGUUAAAAAUACCAAUCUUAUAUUUUUUGUGUGUUUUAUUCACAAUUUAAAAAGCAAUCAUUUACAUGCAUUAAUUUUAAUUUUAAGAAGUGGAAAAUACGUUAUCAGUUUUGUCACGCGCUGUUAUUAAAUCAAAUAACUUUUAGCUUUGGCACUUAGCGCUAUUACGUCAUUUGCGUGAUUAUUUAGAAUGAAAUAAUGUUAAUUUUAAUGCGCAAUAUCAACAACGCACUUAACCACACUAAAAGCAACGAUGUUUGGGAUUUCGUAAAAAAAUGUGAUUACGGUGUAAUUUUUCAUAACUUUCAAACGCAUAUAAGAUGCUUAAAAUAGUUCCUUAGUUGAUAAUGUAAAUGUAUUUGUAAUUUAUUAUAAUGAUGCUUAAACUUUUGCUUAAAAUGAAAGGGGAUAUAUAACAUUUUUUGCGCAUUAAAAUUUAUUCCAUUUCCGUAAAGUAAUAGAAAAUAACUAUAAUAGUUUUUUUUAUGAAUCCGAACAUAUUUAAAUAUCUUCGGUUCUUUGGCUUUAGGUCAGCAAAGCUCAUGCUUAUAUAUAGUGUAGAUACAUUAAUGAAAAAUACUUCUUUACACGUAGGCGUGACUUAAUAAUGAGUGCACGACUAGAGUUGUCUCUCAAUUUACAAUAUAUAAUGGACUUAAAAUUUUCAAUAAAAUAUAUUUGUUUCAACUUUUAUUUUUAAAAUGUUUUGUGCAAAUUUUUAUCGCUCAUAAAAACAGUCAAAAUACAUUACAAUCAAAACCAAGAGGUACAUGGCUUGUACUUCUCACAGGUUUAGUGUCACUACAAGGGCAAUCAAGUCAGAAACUUGCGUUUGUUCCUCCGUAUGCACGAUUCUGAUUACGCUACAAAUUACAGUCGUUAUGUUCAUAGAUUAUACACUACAAUGAACAUUUAAUUUCUUUUCUGAUCUUAUAUUUCCCUUACAUUCCACAGAGACGAGUUGUAUAAUCAUCUAUUUGACAGGAUUUGUCAGAGAUCCAAACAACAAACAAACUUGUUUUAGUCCUAUUAAAGCUCAAAUGGAUUAUUUUCUGAGCAACGGAGAGACAUUUGAAAAUCUGCCGAGCCACAUCGUUUGUCAGUAUAAGUGUCCCUAUUUUCUGGGUCACGGCCUGGGUGUUAAAAAAGGAGCAAAAGAUGGAAGCUGGGUGGUGGUAAGUUCAACGGAUAUUUCCUUGAGAAAAAAAACACAAAAAUAAACAGUUAAUGUGUUAAGGUCAGCUGAUAAAGAAAUUAAUAACUUAAUUUGUCGAGGAGAGCUGUAAAACUAAUGAAUGCUCUAAGGUGAACUGAGAAUUUCUAGUGACAUUGACUCUUGACAAAUUCGGACAGCUCUAGGGAAAGGGUCUUUUAAACGUUAUUUUAAUUUUAAACUUAUUUGUAGCGACAUUUGAUUGACAUCUAGGAAAUAUACAGACGUAAAAUAUCAUAAAACUAGGGGGAUAUUUGGAAAAAUAAGGUAAAAUUAGUUAUGCAUUAUCCCUAAACUGUAAGCAUCAACAUGAAUUUGAGAGAUACCCAUUUGUAAAGCGAGAGGCAUACAAUCAAAUGUCCAAUGUCAAAUGUCAAAUGUCAACAAAUGCCAUUUAGAGAAAAAGCGAAGAUAAAAUAUAAAGCCUUUAAAAAAAAAACCCAUUUAAGUCUUAUUAUUUUACAAAAGUUGACCUCAAACUACAAGUGAUAUUAUGUGGAACGUAAGAGUGGCGUACCUUGGUUAAUGCACUUGGGAUGAAUUUUCAAAAGUCCGCCCCAAACAUUAAAUGCUGUAUAAUGUUUUAUAAUUUUAAUCAUUCAUGUAAACGCUGGUGACUUUAAGAGAGCGCAAACUGGAAUGAUAUGGCAACGUGGCAAGAAUACUUGAGAUGAUGGUAAAGAAUGUCAAACAUAGGUGAUAGUAAAGACUGUUAAACAUAGGUGAUAGUAAAGAAUGUUAAACAUAGGUGAUAGUAAAGAAUGUCAAACAUAGGUGAUAGUAAAGAAUGUUAAACAUAGGUGAUAGUAAAGAAUGUUAAACAUAGGUGAUAGUAAAGAAUGUUAAACAUAGGUGAUAGUAAAGAAUGUUAAACAUAGGUGAUAGUAAAGAAUGUUAAACAUAGGUGAUAGUAAAGAAUGUUAAACAUAGGUGAUAGUAAAGAAUGUUAAACAUAGGUGAUAGUAAAGAAUGUUAAACAUAGGUGAUAGUAAAGAAUGUUAAACAUAGGUGAUAGUAAAGAAUGUUAAACAUAGGUGAUAGUAAAGAAUGUUAAACAUAGGUGAUAGUAAAGAAUGUUAAACAUAGGUGAUAGUAAAGAAUGUUAAACAUAGGUGAUAGUAAAGAAUGUUAAACAUAGGUGAUAGUAAAGAAUGUUAAACAUAGGUGAUAGUAAAGAAUGUUAAACAUAGGUGAUAGUAAAGAAUGUUAAACAUAGGUGAUAGUAAAGAAUGUUAAACAUAGGUGAUAGUAAAGAAUGUUAAACAUAGGUGAUAGUAAAGAAUGUUAAACAUAGGUGAUAGUAAAGAAUGUUAAACAUAGGUGAUAGUAAAGAAUGUUAAACAUAGGUGAUAGUAAAGAAUGUUAAACAUAGGUGAUAGUAAAGAAUGUUAAACAUAGGUGAUAGUAAAGAAUGUUAAACAUAGGUGAUAGUAAAGAAUGUUAAACAUAGGUGAUAGUAAAGAAUGUUAAACAUAGGUGAUAGUAAAGAAUGUUAAACAUAGGUGAUAGUAAAGAAUGUUAAACAUAGGUGAUAGUAAAGAAUGUUAAACAUAGGUGAUAGUAAAGAAUGUUAAACAUAGGUGAUAGUAAAGAAUGUCAAACAUAGGUGAUAGUAAAGAAUGUUAAACAUAGGUGAUAGUAAAGAAUGUUAAACAUAGGUGAUAGUAAAGAAUGUUAAACAUAGGUGAUAGUAAAGAAUGUUAAACAUAGGUGAUAGAAAAGAAUGUUAAACAUAGGUGAUAGUAAAGAAUGUUAAACAUAGGUGAUAGUAAAGAAUGUUAAACAUAGGUGAUAGUAAAGAAUGUUUAACAUAGGUGAUGGUAGAGAAUGUCAAACAUAGGUGAUAGUAGAGAAUGUCAAACAUAGGUGAUAGUAAAGAAUGUAAAACAUAGGUGAUAGUAAAGAAUGUUAAACAUAGGUGAUAGUAAAGAAUGUUAAACAUAGGUGAUAGUAAAGAAUGUCAAACAUAGGUGCUAGUAAAGAAUAUUAAACAUAGGUGAUAGUAAAGAAUGUUAAACAUAGGUGGUAGUAAAGAAUGUUAAACAUAGGUGAUAGUAAAGAAUGUUAAACAUAUGUGAUAGUAAAGAAUGUUAAACAAAGGUGAUAGUAAAGAAUGUCAAACAUAGGUGAUAGUAAAGAAUGUUAAACAUAGGUGAUAGUAAAGAAUGUCAAACAUAGGUGAUAGUAAAGAAUGUUAAACAUAGGUGAUAGUAAAGAAUGUUAAACAUAGGUGAUAGUAAAGAAUGUUAAACAUAGGUGAUAGUAAAGAAUGUUAAACAUAGGUGAUAGUAAAGAAUGUCAAACAUAGGUGAUAGUAAAGAAUGUUAAACAUAGGUGAUAGUAAAGAAUGUCAAACAUAGGUGAUAGUAAAGACUGUUAAACAUAGGUGAUAGUAAAGACUGUUAAACAUAGGUGAUAGUAAAAAAAGUUAAACAUAGGUGAUAGUAUAUAAUGUUAAACAUAGAUGAUAGUAAAGAAUGUUAAACAUAGAUGAUAGUAAAGAAUGUCAAAGCACUUUAAAUGAUUUUUUUAUAAUUUGUUGUGUGAUAAGUACAUUAUUUAAUAUUACUUUGCUAUGGAGCUUCGCUGCACCGAUUAACCUCAAUGGCAUUUUCUUAUUAAAUGCAUUUUAACCUAAAGUUUUUAUUAUUUUAUAAAUUGAUCAACUUACUUUUAAAAAAAAUUCGAAAUAGGUAAAGAAGGUUACAAAAUAAAAAGCUAACAUUUGUGUUAUAUUUACAAUACAAAAAUCAAUCAAUUAUGUGUAUUAAUUUUAAGGAAGUGAAAAUACAUUAUCCGUUUUGUCACACGCAGUCAUCGAAUCAAAGAAACGUAGAACUUCGGCUCAACUUCAGACAGUGCCUGCUGUAAUCUCAUUAACGUUUUGAUUUAGAGUAAACUUUUAUAUACCGGUAUUUUAUCUUUAUUUCGCAAGAUGAACAACACAUUAUAACGCACUAAAUACAACACAUAUGUUUGGGUUUGUUAUUGUUAUAUUAUAUAUAUAUUUUUUAAUUUUUCUUUUUUUCAUUACUUUCUAUUUCAGAUAAAAUUCUUAAAAUAGUUCCUUUAUUGCUAUAGUAAAUGCUUUUCAUUACUUUCUAUUUCAGAUAAAAUUCUUAAAAUAGUUCCUUUAUUGCUAUAGUAAAUGCUUUUCAUUACUUUCUAUUUCAGAUAAAAUUCUUAAAGUAGUUCCUAUAUUGCUAUUGUAAAUGCUUUUCAUUACUUUCUAUUUCAGAUAAAAUUCUUAAAAUAGUUUCUUUAUUGCUAUUGUAAAUGCUUUUCAUUACUUUCUAUUUCAGAUAAAAUUCUUAAAAUAGUUCUUUAUUGCUAUAGUAAAUGCUUUUCAUUACUUUCUAUUUCAGAUAAAAUUCUUAAAAUAGUUUCUUUAUUGCUAUUGUAAAUGCUUUUCAUUACUUUCUAUUUCAGAUAAAAUUCUUAAAAUAGUUUCUUUAUUGCUAUUGUAAAUGCUUUUCAUUACUUUCUAUUUCAGAUAAAAUUCUUAAAAUAGUUUCUUUAUUGCUAUUGUAAAUGCUUUUCAUUACUUUCUAUUUCAGAUAAAAUUCUUAAAAUAGUUUCUUUAUUGCUAUUGUAAAUGCUUUUCAUUACUUUCUAUUUCAGAUAAAAUUCUUAAAAUAGUUCCUUUAUUGCAAUUGUAAAUGCUUUUCAUUACUUUCUAUUUCAGAUAAAAUUCUUAAAAUAGUUCCUUUAUUGCUAUUGUAAAUGCUUUUCAUUACUUUCUAUUUCAGAUAAAAUUCUUAAAAUAGUUUCUUUAUUGCUAUAGUAAAUGCUUUUCAUUACUUUCUAUUUCAGAUAAAAUUCUUAAAAUAGUUCCUUUAUUGCUAUAGUAAAUGCUUUUCAUUACUUUCUAUUUCAGAUAAAAUUCUUAAAAUAGUUCCUUUAUUGCUAUUGUAAAUGCUUUUCAUUACUUUCUAUUUCAGAUAAAAUUCUUAAAAUAGUUCCUUUAUUGCUAUUGUAAAUGCUUUUCAUUACUUUCUAUUUCAGAUAAAAUUCUUAAAAUAGUUUCUUUAUUGCUAUUGUAAAUGCUUUUCAUUACUUUCUAUUUCAGAUAAAAUUCUUAAAAUAGUUCCUUUAUUGCUAUAGUAAAUGCUUUUAUAAUUUAUAAAAAUAAUACUUUAAAGUUUACUAAAAUAAAAGCGCAAUCAUUUCAUUUUUUGCGCAUUUGAAUGUAUUCGAUUUCAUGUCAAUUAAUAUAAAAGAACUUUCAUUGUUUUUUAAGAGUAAGAACGUAUUUAAACAGCCUCGGUUCUUCUCUGAUGUUCCAUGGUCAGCUUGGCCCAUUUUUAAGUACAUAUGUAGGCUCUAUAUUAAUUAUAUAUAUUAUGACCCAUAGUUAUUUUAGACAAGUAGCUUCCUGUCUGUAUAUAACCGGAGGACCAAAUGGUCCUAGUUGACGUUGACAGAUGAACAACAACAAAACUUCGAGUCAGAGAUUUUCACACUCAUUUGCAAAAAAUGUUGUGCAUUUACCAAUACAUUUAUAAUAGGGUUACACAUAUAAAUUUUUUUUUUUUCAUUAAGUGCAAUUUGCUUUUUAAACCUUUCUUGCAUUUCUACUUUAAAUGUGUCCCUCGGUGAUCACUUUUUAAAAAAAAUAUCCUUUAUUUUAUGGUUGUUUAUUAUCAGGGACAUACGGUACCAUUGAAAUCUUGUGCAACUUCAGAAGCGAAGUCUAAGGAAGGCCCUAUCAAACAAGGUCUUCGCUGUUACACUACUGAAAUUGGAGAGCGUAUAAUUCGCAUGGAGCUACCUAAAUACUAUACUGUGAGGAACUGCAACAUAAGGGUCUUCUUGGCUGACGUUCAAGUGAUCGAAGAUUGGCUUACUAUUAUUGAUGAUCAUGGACUGAAGGGACUGUCUCAAGAGAUUCGUUUAAAGGGGUUUAGUGGUAAAUGAUAAGACCAUUUCCUGCUUGUCUUUUUAUAUAUAUAUAUUAUUUAAAGAAAAAUUUUAUAAUUUAAGUUUAUAAAACUUAAUACACUAGACAUUAUAAAUAAUUUAGGGUUUAAGUUAAGUUAAUUUUUUUUAAAAAUUAACGCGAAUUGAAGUAAAGUUAAAAAUAUGAGACUGGUUGACAUGGGUAGGUGGGGGGGGGGUAAAAAAAGGUUGCUUGUGUGGCUUUCGGGAAAGAUAAUGAGAAACCCUGUAGAAGAUAGAUUGUAUGUGUGUAUUAAGAUGAAGUUAAGGACAGUCCAAAUAUCUUGAAUGCUAUGAAUGUGUUAGCUACAGAAGUUGGGUUAAUUUGAUUUCCAUGAGAAAGAAAGAAAUUCUUUAUGUGAAUUGUACAAUUAAUAUAACAAGACAUGUGUGCUUUGUCUAUUUUGUUUUAAUCUUAAUCAAAGGGCAAGAUAUUUAUGGCAAAACAAAAUUAUGAACUAAGUUUCCAAUGAAGUUGUAGCAGUAUCGGGCCGAGUACAGGAACGUAGUCUCGACUUGCAUUCUUGUCUGGACUUAGAGAAAGUAUUUUAUGCGUAAAGAGAUGAGACGUUCUAUAGGGAAAUUAUAAGCAGCAAGAAGAAAGUCAUUUUAAGUAAACAGGUUCAAAAAGGCUCUCAGAAGUUUUCAUAGAUUUAAUUAAGGCAACAUUCAGUACUUGAAAAACAAAACAUUGUUACACUGAUGACUGACUCGGUUCACAAACAUUGUUAUGCUGAUGACUGACUCGGUUCACUAACAUUGUUAUGCUGAUGGCUGACUCGGUUCACUAACAUUGUUAUGCUGAUGGCUGACUCGGUUCACUAACAUUGUUAUGCUGAUGGCUGACUCGGUUCACUAACAUUGUUAUGCUGAUGACUGACUCGGUUCACUAACAUUGUUAUGCUGAUGGCUGACUCGGUUCACUAACAUUGUUAUGCUGAUGGCUGACUCGGUUCACAAACAUUGUUAUGCUGAUGGCUGACUCGGUUCACUAACAUUGUUAUGCUGAUGACUGACUCGGUUCACAAACAUUUUCUUAACAACCUUAGUUUGUGUGAUGUCCAGCUUGGAUAAAUUCUUGUUCACAUCUAAAAAAAAAAAAAAACUCCUCUUUUCCUCUAUCAUUGAAACAGAAGCACAGUCGUACUAUGACACAAAGUAUGAUUAUUUCUGUGAUCAGUUUUAUACCAAUAUGAAAUAUGCAGCUGUGAAUAGCGUACCUGGCAUUAGGUCCCGAAAAGGUAGCGACACAUUCUAUUCUAUAUACAUUUAAUCAUUAUUUUUAUGUAUAAGUAUUAAGUAAUAUCAUACAUAAUAUGAAUAUAGUUUGAUUUAUUUAUAGCAUAGUCGAUUGUGUGGAUUUUUCUUUCAAUUUAUGAUAAUUUAUAACAUUUGCUAUGUGUCUUACACUCAUUGACAUAUGAAGACACACACAUACAAACCCACACAGUCGCACAAUGACAGUUUGUCCACCACCACAUUUGGUUUAAGGACAUUCGUUACGUCAGCAGCUGUAAUGUUGACAUACACUUCAAGCGAUCCCGUAAAUAAUAUGCGACUGUUGCCUGAGCUGUUUCUUGGCCUGAGCUGUUUCUUGGCCUGAGCUGUUUCUUGGCCUGAGCUGUUUCUUGGCCUGAGCUGUUUCUUGGCCUGAGCUGUUUCUUGGCCUGAGCUGUUUCUUGGCCUGAGCUGUUUCUUGGCCUGAGCUGUUUCUUGGCCUGAGCUGUUUCUUGGCCUAGCGAUUGUUGGAUGUUGUCAAUAGUGAAUAAGGAACGUUUGUUUCAGAGUUAGAAAAUGUGGUGUUGGUUAUUUGUGGGUUGUUGGUUUGUUGGUUGUUUGUUGUUUAUUUGUUUGUAAAAUAAAACAAACUCAGUCAAAAACAAGAGUUUGUUUCUAAUAAUGUCAUUACAAUAUUUGUUUCAUUGAGCUGUUGUAAGUAAUUUUGUGUUUUGAAUAAUCAUGAAGUGAUAAAAUUUGUAGUACAUAUUUUGAAAUGUUGAUUAUGUCACUGGUUACUGGAAAACAAUUUUUACGUACCUGACAAUCUGUUAUCCUAUCCCACUGGGCAAUAUGUACCUUCAUGCCCCUCCUCCAAACAGUGUUUCUUACAGAAAUUUCCCCCCGGGGGGCACUUCAGAUAUUCGGGGGGGGGGGCACUUCAGAUUUUUCGGGGAGGGGCAGUGCCAGCAGUUCCGUUCACAAACCAAACAAAGAUUUAUUCACUUUUUAAUAUCAAUUUUCAGAUGUCCUUCUGAUGUUCCAUGGAUUAGCCAUGGCCAUUGGUGUUCUUUCGGCCUAGAGCACAAUCAAAAGAUGUGAUGCGAUUCCUAAGACCGUCAUUUGUUGACAACAUCAAAAGUACAACACAUAAAACAUGAUUUUGUCAAGCAGGAAGAUUAUAUCUAUAACUAAUUAUUUCACUAGAAACCAGAAAUAUGUGUUAGGAUUUUAUUAAUUUCACCUAAUUAAAUCAGGAUAAUGUUUAUAUUGUGAGAGGACCAUUCCAAAUACAUGCCCAAAAAACAAAAAAUAUGUCAGACAAUUGUUGCUAUCACUAGUAGUUAAAUAUUCACAUUCCAUAAAUAGCAGUUAAACCAUAAAAUUCUAUAAAAAAUAUUGAAACAUUCAUAUGCUAUCACUAGUAUUUAAACAUUAACAUUCUUUUUCUGGUAGUUUAGUAUUUAGAUUCCAUCACUAGCAGUUAAACAUUCAAAUUCUAUAAGAAAAAGUUAAACAUUUACAUUCUAUGACUAGCUGUUAUAUAUUCACACUCCGUCAUUAGUAUUGAAACAUUCACAUUUUGUUACACGUUGUUAUCAUAAUUUACAUGCUAUCACAAGAAGUUAAACAUUGACAUUCUAUAAAAAAUAGUUCAACAUUCAAAUUCUAUCAUUAGUAGUUUAACAUUCACAUUCUCUCCCAAAUAGUUAAUCAUGCACAUUCUAUCACUAGUAGUUUAACAUUCACAUUCUAUCACUAGUAGUUUAACAUUCACAUUCUAUCACUAGUAGUUUAACAUUCACAUU